CCGUAAAAAUUUGGUGGCAUCUUCCUGCGCGCGAGCUGCAGGUUCAAGUUGAAGUUUGUUAACAUGUAGGCCGUAUAAUACUUACUGCUGCUGCGCCUGCCACAAAUACGUCUGCUUACGUCAUCGGGCUACAUAGCAAAUUUGUAUUACGUUAAACACUGUGAGCCAAUUUUACACCGGAACAUACAUAUGCGUAUUUUGAGAAAGUAAUCCACAUCGCGACGUGCAUAUCAGCAAGUGUUGCGAUUUGUUGUUUGUGGAUGCAAACAAGCGCUUGCUGUCCUAUCCAUAACUAAAUUUGCUUGCGCUUAACGGUCAGUAGACUGCGCUUAGCGGCAAACAUCGCCGGGAUCUAUGGAAAUGUCUUUUCAAUGCGGAAACUGAAGCGGCGCAUGGGAAAUAUUGCAUACACUGUUUUUCCGAUAUCCAGAUUAUGGAUUAAAUACAUUUUUUGUCUGAAAAAAGUUCACACCGGUGCGCUGCGGAACUAGUACUGCGUGUAUCUGGAAAUCUGUGGCGGCAAUCAUGACGGAUGCGUUGGCAACAAAUCUGACGGCAACAACUAUCAGCACAAUUGCCGUACAAACAGGACGUACACGGAUUGUGCUUGCUGUGCUGAAGCACAAGGAUGAGUUACACCUGCGGGUUCAAGAAAUGGAGCCGGGGAUUGCCGACAUUGGAAAAUCGCUGGAGGAGGCAAUAUCUUUGGCCAAAGAGCAUAACGAAUGCUUGGCCAAACUUGCGGCUAAACAACCAAACGUGGAGGAAUUGCUGGCUCAAGCGGAUGACUUGAUAAUCACCCAACAACCCAAACGGGAAGUUUACGGCGCAAUGGCCGAUAGUCUGGGUCAGGCUUGGCGUGAUUUGAAUGAUCUUCUGGAAUAUCGGAGACUUCUUUUAGAACGAGCUAUUGCGUUCCACCAGAAGGUUGAAGAGUGCAACCAAAAAAUUACUGAAACUCAAAAAGAAAUGGAGAAAGUUAUGGAUAGCUACACCGGUAGCGCAAAAGAUUGGCUACAGGAAAACACGAUGAUUCGUAAAGACAUUUUGGAGUCGUCGAUGCGGCUGCUUGGCGAAGCUCAAGCUCUGGUGGAGUUCAUUAAUGAUUUACGGCGCAUACCAGCCGCCGACUCGCGAGGUUACGACCAUGCAACCACAGCUGCAUGCCACAUUGUAGAGGAAUUGCUGGAAAAAGUACAUGACCGGCGGAAACGAUUGGAAGAACUGUGGCAGCGACGCCGGCAACAACUGUUAUCGCACCAAAAUUUCCUCUCAUUACAGCAAAGCAUGGAGAAAUUACGGAAAUUGUUUGAAAUUCUCCUAGCGGCGGAUAAAAAAUUCACAACCAUUGGAAGUAACCUUCCAGAAUCCAAAACGAUCUGGACAGCUCAUCAACAACAUGAAACCAGCGCCAAAGAAAUUUACGAUAGCUCGUUACAACUGCGCCGCCUUCACGCACAAAUUUCGCCUUGUCCACCGGAAGUGGAUCGGGAAUUUCAGCAACUUGUUGAUCAAAUUGAAAAAACUUAUCUGCGCAUUGACCGGCGCCGCUUUGUGUUGAGCCUUACCGUGGAAUUUUAUGAAAAAUACCAGAGCACUCUGACGAUAAUUUCCCAGACGGAUCAAGCGUUGAACCAAAUGGAUACACAGAAGGAGCAAAUUAAGCCGCAAGAUUUGGUGGCACGGCAGAAGGAACUGUUGGACAGCGCGAAAUUUGCUGCUGCUCCAGUUUUCCAUGAGGGCCAAAUGUUACUGGAGCGCGUAGAGACACUUGACGCCGGCGGAGUUGAGCACGCCCUACGUGAUCUGCAAAACGCAUUAAAUGCUCUGACCGCGAAAUGUGCCGCUUUGCAAAGUUCGCUGGCCAAGAGAGGCGAGGUCUUUCGGAAAUUUACGGAAAUUUAUACUUCGUUGUAUGAAUGGACAGUUCACGUGGUCGAAGUUUUGCUCAAGGCUCAUCGAAUUUUACCUCCAUCUUUAAAUGGUGCAAAGGAUUUUCUGGAUCUGCAUGAACAAUUAUACGACGAAAUGAGGACACGUGAUUCGGACUUUGAAGCGUUGAUGACCCUGGUUGCUCAAAUUACCAAACAGCCGGCUGGUCUUGAUCCGGCUGAAUUAAAGGAAGUCGCGGAGAAAUCGGCCGAAAUGAAAACCCGCUGGAGUGACCUAGAAAGCAUGCUCAAAUCCCGGCUGGAUAUCGUCUUGCCGUAUGCAGAAUUCCAGAAGGUGGCAUCUCGGGUUUCCGCUGAAGUGGAUGUCUUGCGCAGCAUAUCCAAUUUGUACAAUGAAGAUCCGUCCUCGGAACUGCACGCCAGCAACUUCGAACACCGAUUGACCAUAUUACACGAUUUGAUCAGCGCCUUACAACAAAAAGCCGGUGAUUUCUUCACAACCACCCCCAAGGCUCCUGCGGCACAAGUCGACGUCAGUCAAGCGGCGGCAGCCGUCAAUUCCACUCUGGAGCGGUUGCAGGAAGAUUUGAAGAAUUUCGCUAACAUUACGAAAGCUUCGCAGAGUAUGCGUCAGAAACGAACAGUUUGGCGGGAAAUUGUGGAAGAAGUCCAUCAGACCAUAACUUGGAUCAUCAAAACGGAGCGGGAAGCCUUCCAGGGACUGCAGCUGGGAUAUCUCGGUGCAAACCAGGAGGAAACGGAUCAACUCCGAUCCAAAUUAUCGGCUUUCGAGCCGACGCUUAAUGAGGUUCGUAGCAAGGUGGAUCGAUUGGUCCAGACAGCCAAAGCCCCGCCUGUCGAUGCCGAAACGGCUUCGGAAAGGGACAUGGUCGUUAAUGACCUUACCAAAGCAUACGAACGAUUUGUCCAACGUAUCGAAGAAUACAAAGUUCUGCUCAAGAUGGCCAGUGAAUUUUAUGGUCGUGUUAACGAGCUAGAAAAACUGAUGUUUUCGUAUGAGAAUAUGAUCAACACUUCGCUGCCGGGUGGUGUGGAAGCCACAGAACAGUUCAUCCACCGCCACAGCGAACAGCGUGAACAUAUUACGCGGGUAUACGAAGACGUCGUCCACAUGGGCGAUGUCAUAAUCAACAGGAUCCGGCAAAAUUAUCCACAGUCCAUUGAUCUGGACACCUUCCACAAAAGUGUCAAGGACAAACGCGCCACGUGGGAUCGGAUCUGGAAUCAACAAAAUCUCCUGUUGCAGAACCACCUUAACGUAAUGAAACUGCGGAAAGACGGCGAAGAACUUCGCCAAAGAAUCACUGAUUUGACCGAUCAACUUAAUCGACGUAAAGAGGAAAUGGGCGAAAGCUUGCAAGGAGCAAAAAGGAUACAGGAAAUUCAAACCAGUUUUACCCAAAGCGUUGAAACGAUUUCGACACAAGUCAAAAAUUAUGUGUCGACUGUGACCACUUUCGUUUCUACCCCCGAGGCCGCUAAACAAUUUCCCGAUAUCCGUCCAGCGAAAGACGAGGUGGAAAAAUUGUGGUCUACAUUCUACCGUGACGUGGGUGCCAUGACAAAGAGGACAGAACUAGCCGUAAACUUCUACGAAAAACUCGAGGAGGCGGAGCAAUGGUACAAAGAAGCCACUCAGGCACUUGUGACAAUCGGGCGGAAGACAACCGAGUGCAAAGGUCCGGAAGACGCUAACAAUGUUUUGAGUCAAAUGGAACAUUUUUUGGGUCCGGGGGAAAAGAGACAAGAAGAACGGGUCAAAUCAUUAAUGGAAAUUAGUCUGCAAGUUUUCGGCCAAAAAGGUCCCAGUCGAGUGGAAUAUCUGAUUAAGAAGAACCGCGAUGUUAUGGAGUCAUUCUCAGUCAUCAGUAAUGAGCUCUUCAGUAUAGCGGAGAAUCUUCACUCAAAAACUGUAAAGUUAACACGAUCGAAGUCGAACGAAGAACUCGAAGCCGGCCAGCCGCCGACAAAGACACAAAAACUGGACGAGCACACCAUUCCCGUUGUACAUGAGAAACCGGUAGCGGCUCCAGCUGUCCCCGUGGCUCAAAAAGCUCAGCUACAGCCGGCCAGAUUUGAAGAGCAAUUGCACCAGGUAGACGUGCCUGCUGGAAAACCAGCCGAAUUUCGGUGCCGUGUGGUUGGCUUGCCGGUGCCGGUUGUCAGAUGGUUCCGUGAUGGGAUGCCGAUUUCCAAUAAUCCUGAUUACCGAAUCACCUUCGAUUCACAAACCGGAGAAUGUGCGCUAAAAAUCGAGGAAACUUUCCCGGAGGAUACGGGAUUGUUUAGUUGUUCAGCGGAGAACUCCGGUGGUUUAGCGGUUUCCGAAGCGCGCCUGAAUGUUCUGGACGAAGAAAUGCCGACUGCUGAAAUGACGCCCCCGGUGUUCUUAAAGACACCGCAGGAUGCCACCGCCGUUGAGGGAUCCGGUUUGCAGUUCGAAUGUCAGGUGAUCGGCAACCCUCGGCCGACCGUGACCUGGUACAAAAACGGUAUAGCUAUUGUGCCUGGAAAAACAAAGUUACGGGUCUUACCACCCAACGAAGAAGGAACCACACAACUGAUUAUCCCCGCAGCCAGUGUUGAAGAUCAGGGCGUGUACGAAUGUAAAGCUUUGAAUCCACGAGGUGUUGCCACGUGCUCCAUUACGUUUACGGCUCCUACGGAAAGCGGCGAGCAGUCUCCUUUCUUUACCAAACUGCUGACUAAUCAGAUCGGUGAACUGGGCGAGCUGGUCAAGCUGGAAUGUCACGUUAGCGGCGUGCCGGCUCCGGAUAUUGAAUGGUUACAAAACGGCGCUGUGUUGCACGAUAGCCGAAAUCGUGUAAUAAAAUUCGACGGCAAAAUCGCAACCUGUGUUAUCUUUGAAUAUUCACCUCCGAAUGCCGGGACGUAUGUAUGUAAAGCUAGAAAUAAAUUAGGCGAAGCAGUUACCACUUGCAUUGUGGAUGCUCAGCUCCCAUCGACGCCGGUUGUUCCUCGUACACCGGAACAUACCCCUGAAAGGGCAGACCUUCCGGAGGUCAAACCGGAGUUCCAAAUGCCGCUUUUGGCGCAAACGGAAACGCAGCCCGGACAACAGGUGCGCUUAGAAGCAAUAAUCAAAUCCCAACCGGAGGCAACUGUGACUUGGACGAAAAACAACAAUGUCGUUAUUGUUAAUGCUAAUACCACAGUGGGAAAGGAAGCCAUCCCUUCUCAACCAUUCACUCAUCGGCAUUUUAUCCUGAUAGACAAAGUCACAGCUUCAGAUGUGGGCCCAUAUGCAUGUGUGGCAAAGAAUUCAGCUGGCGAAUCACGAUCUCACACUGUCGUUCUCUUGCCUCCGUCACCACCCCAAAUUCCUGAAGCGGCGCCUCCUCCACCACAGAAGACCAGUCAGGUGACGCUGAUACCGUCAUUUCCGCAAAUCCUUCCGGAAAGUCUGGAAUUCAGCGAAGGGCAACUCAUUAAACUGGAAACGACAGUAAUCUCGCAGCCGGCGGCCGAGGUGCAGUGGUUCAAGAAUGGAGUGCUACUUACUCCGAGUGCUCAGCUGGUGGUGGGCAGAGAAAAACUGCAACAAAAUCCAGAAACUGACCGUCUUUUCAUCGUUAUCAACAGCCCGACGGUAGACGAUCAAGGUGAAUAUGUUUGUUUGGCGCGGAAUAGUGCUGGUGAAGCGAAAGCGCAGUGCACCGUGUCCGUGAAAGAGAAACCAAAAGGACCGGAAGUGCCACCGAAACCGUCCGUCCUCCCUUUCAAACCGGAAUUCGCGCGGCCCCUACCAAACCAUGUUGAGGUUUCUGACACUGAACCACUUCGACUUGAAGCAAUAAUCGAAGCGCAGCCGGAAUCCGCCGUGCAGUGGUACCGAAACGGAAACGUUGUUGUGGCUGACGUGGACAUUUCGCUAGGAAAGGAACCACUGAGCACUAAUCCACAAGUCGACCGGCAUUAUCUGAUAAUAUCCAAUCCGCUACCAGUUCAUUCUGGACAGUACGUGUGUGUGGCAAAAAAUCCCGAGGGCGAAACAAAAACCACCUGCAACGUGAAAAUCCACACAAAAGUACCGCCGCCAGUGCCGCCUAAACCGCCCAAGCCGGAAUUUAGAAAAAACUUGCCACAAAACGUGGAUGUCCAGCCGGGUAACCCUCUACGUCUGGAAGCAAUCGUGUCCAGCGUAGGAGAGCCGCAAGUGCAAUGGAGAAAAAAUGGUAAUGUGGUCCUGGCCAGUGUCGAUAUUUUGAUGGGAGAAGAGCCAGCCAAAGUCAGCACUUUUCAUCAUGAUUUGACCCAGCCGAAAGAGAGCCGCUGCUUUCUGGAAAUCAAGAACCCCAAACCGGAACAUUCGGGAGAAUAUGUAUGCACGGCCAAGAAUGACGAGGGGGAGACCACGACAAGAUGCGUUGUGGUGGUCAACGAAGCCGAUGUAGCUUCCGUAGCACGGACGGAGACGCACGUUAAACCCGCUCCACCAACUCUUCCUAAACCACUCCACGACGCUACUGUAACGGAAACUACUGUCCAGAACAUGCCACCCGGCGAUGAGGGCUACUAUAAAAAUACAACUGUUACGAGAAUCGAGGAGACCAACGUUGUUCGAUACGAAGGUGCGCCGCCCGAUAUGGAAGCUCCGAGGUUCACUGAGUUGUCGGUUGACCAUACGGUAGAAGAAGGUCAUUCUCUGCAACUAAAAUGCAGCGUAUCAGGAACUACACCCUUGGAAAUUAAAUGGUUCAAAGACGAUGUUGAAAUUCCCAAGCAUGCGGAUUAUCUGACUCGAUAUAAUCAAGCUACCGGCGAAUGCGUAUUGGAGAUUCCGGAGGUUUUUGCAGAAGAUGCCGGUGUUUUUAUGAUCCAGGCGGUUAACCAGGCCGGUAUCGGAAAGUGCUACUGCAAUCUUAAGGUGGCAGAUUUGAUAGCCCAGCCAAGUAUGCCUGCAGCACCGCGAGUGGCGGAAAAGCCUGUUUUACCUCCGCCACAAUUUCUGCAGUUGUUCCAUGACACUGCGGUGGAAGAAGGAGGUCCCGUUCGACUAGAAUGCACCAUAUCGGGUCCACAGUGCCACGUCCAGUGGCUAAAAGAUGGUGUAGUGCUCAACAGCAUUGAGUACGACAUUCGUAAUGUCGGUCAGAAACACAGUCUCACGAUUCCGUACUCCAGACAACAUGACAGCGGAAGAUACGUCUGCCAAGCCGACAACAGCCAGGGCAAAGCUACUUGUUCCGCUCAGAUAAACGUUAAACCAGUCGAAAAACAGCCAGAACCCCGUCCACCCCACUUUCCCCCGUUUGAAAAGACGUUUGUUCGGGAAACUCCUGAGAUCAGUUUACCCCCUCCGGUGGAGGUGACCGAUGUGGUGGAGGAGCGUGAAAAGGUCACCGAGACAUAUGCCCGGCCCUUUAUGCCGCCUUCACCACCCCAAGUGAUGCCCAAGCCGGUUACUGUACCGGUGACACCAAAGAAAUGGGUGCCACCUUCACUAGAACAAGAAAAGACCUUUGCUCGAGUGGAGCAGGCGUUUAAUUUAACCCCAACCGUACCAGACUACAGACCGGUACCUCUGGAGAAACCGCAUGCGACACAGUUUACUACAAUACCUCAAGAGCCAGUCCGCGAGCAGCCGGUGCGACCGAUUAUCUGGUCACCUCAUGCAGCUCCGGCUAAAAACUUAACGGAAUUCGUUCCUAGUGCUCCAGUGCCGUUUGUGCCGCCAACCGAGCUAACACCGCCCACGUACACACUGAAGCUGCUGUCUCGCGGUGUCAAGCCCGGCGAAAAAGUUGUCUUCGAAGCCCGCGUUGUUGGCAGCCCCACCCCCGAAGUGACGUGGUUCCGAGAAAACGUUCCCAUAAAGAACUCCACUGAUUUCCGCAUAACCCACCACGGUGAUCUGCAUCAGCUGACCAUCCCGGAAGCCUUUCCGGCCGAUGCCGGACACUACAAAAUUCGGGCUGUUAACCCGGCCGGCGAGAGUAUCUGCAUUGCGGAAUUAGUAAUUCUCCAGCCCGGACAAAUUCUCCGCGACACCGACGACUUUACUACAUUUACCGCCACUCGACCAGUGCCUGUGUCGCAUACGCCGACAGCUGGGGCGCCUCACUUUGUGCGGACACUCUAUCCACAACACAUCACUGAACGCAACCGAGUUGUGUUAGAGUGCGAAUUAUCCGGUGCACCCGGUGAGCCGGUGACCGUACAGUGGUUCCGCAAUAGUGUAGAAAUCCAGCCCAGCACCGACUACCAACAGAAAUUCAAAAACGGAAUCUGCACAUUGGUGAUCCCGGAGGCGUAUCCAGAAGAUUCAGGCGAAUAUACGUGUCGCGCUACCAACAGUCUAGGCAGUCGCUCCUCAACCGGCUUUCUAACCGUUGAGCCAUCCCUGCCAACGGCUGGUCCGAAAAUAGCGCCAGCUGUCCUGCCCAAGCAGCAGCCAGUUUCACAGUUUCAUACCGUACAGCCUCUUCAGUCAGCAGCCGCUGCACCGCAUUACGACGUCGUUAAGCCAAAAAAACCCAACAUCCAAUCAUCCAACGUCUCAUACCGGAAUGCUGUGUCGGAUCACAGCGAUGUGGAUAUGGGCGACGCCGGUCUUGGCAUCUAUUCACCGUUAUCCAAUCGUCAGCAGGCGCUAAAGCGUCCUGCCUUGGGUCAGGCGCAUACCUCGUCGGGUUCGGAUUUCGUUCCGGAUGCUUUUGAGAAGCGCUUGCUAACCGAAAGUCAGUAUCGGGAGUCUAGUUUUCUGAGCAGUACGGAGCUGCGGCCCGAAUCCCGUGGCGACAUGAAUGGCUACGGCAGCGGCGGCAUGGAACCGCCGCGAUUUAUCCAGGUGAUCGCACCGGUGCGCGUGGCCGAGGGAGCCGAAGUACAGCUGUAUGGACGAGUCAGCGGAAAUCCUCGGCCCAUUGUGUCAUGGCUGAAAAACGGCCAGCGACUGCCAGCAUACUCCGCUCGGCAUGUUUACCAUCAGGACGGCGAUUAUGUCGGCCUUACCGUUCGCAUGGCGCUAAAGGAAGACGCUGGAAAUUAUACGGCAAUCGCAGAAAAUCCUGUCGGACAGGAUGCGUGUUCAGCGACCGUCACCAUUGACCAUAGGCAGCAACCAGUACUGCAAAGAGUGAAUUCCCAACCGGAUCUGCAUCGCCAACAAUCUGCGAGCGGAAUACGACAUCGAGAUUCAUCGCUCGGUCCCAGACAGCACGCGGACGAAGGAACAUACGACAAAAGUAUGGCACCGCGGUUUGUCUCCGUGCCACCGGAAGCUCACAUCAAGGAAGGUCAAAUGUUUCGACUGGACUGUCGGGUCAGUGGCCGACCCUACCCAGAUGUUAUUUGGUUCAGAAAUGGAGUGGAAGUGCUGGAUGAUUGGACACACAAGCUCAUAGUCAAUGAAAGUGGAGCCCAUUCCUUAAUGAUCACUCAUGCCAUGUUAGACGAUGGCGGACAGUACCGUUGUGUUGCCCGCAAUAUUUCUGGCGAAACGCAGUUUGUCGUGAAUGUAACCGUGGAAGAAUCAGACAAAUUAACUGCACCGAGCUUUGUGCAAAAGCUAAUUAAUCAACAAGUAAAGGAAGGCGAACCGGUGACAUUACAAGCGCGUGCCAUUGGUAUGCCGGCUCCUACCAUCACUUGGCACAAGGGAGCAGUCGAGAUCUUCUCCGGACCCGAAUAUCGCAUUGAUACUAGAAAUGGUGUAUCCACACUUGUUAUGGAUAAUGCCACACUGGGUGAUUCAGAUUGGUACCAGUGUCAUGCUAGGAAUUCUGUUGGGACUAGUUCGACAAAAGCCAAAGUUACAGUUGAGGCUUUGCCCAGAGACCUUAUUAUCCCUGGUGGUUUUUACGUUCCUCGUGUUCCACGACGCGAAGAGCAGCCUCCACAGCAACCGGAAACGUAUCGUUUACGGCCUUCCCGACAGCCACCAUCCUACAUGGGAGCGGCUUCUGCGCACGGUGGUCCCGGUGGAGAGAAACCGUCAUUCACUUCUUUGCUGAACGAUCUGGAGUUGUACGAAGGCGAUCGGGCGCACUUUGAGACCUGUCUGAUUCCGAUCGGUGACCAAACAUUGCGCGUCGAGUGGUAUCACAACGGCCAGCUCAUCCCAUCAGAUUCGCGGCAUAUUUUUGGCAACAAUUUUGGCUUCGUCAGUCUGGAUAUUCUUAACUUAACCACGUCAGAUGCUGGGGUGUACACAUGCCGGGCAAUAAAUGCCGCCGGUGAGGCCCAGCAGACCGCUACUUUGCGAUGUUAUCCACGGCAGAAUCCGGCUUAUAACCAGCAGUUCAGCGGCUCGGGAGCACCAGUCUAUCAGCAGCCCAUCAGCGGCGGUGGCGCCAUGCCGCCCUUUAAGCAGAAAGGCCCAGCGCUAGCGCCGAAACCCAAGUUUGCCAAGCAACUGAAAAACCUGGAUGGACUUCCGGAAGGCAGUGUAGCGGUUUUCGAAGCGCAGAUUGAGCCGGCUGAUGAUCAGCUCAUGAAAGUGGAAUGGUUCCGUAAUGGACAGACCAUCCAAAUGAGCGAACGAUUUGAUAUGAAGUACAUGUUUGGUCGCGCCGUGCUAACUAUCAAACAGCUCCGUCCGGAAGACAGCGGGAUGUACAUGGUCAAAGCUCACAAUGGAGCCGGUGACGUCCGCAGUAGUGCCACGUUGAGGGUUGAACCAGAGCAAAGCGGCCGGGCAGUGGGAACGCACCAUUCAUCAACCAACAUCAAGCAAACCUACAAUACGUCAAGCAGCAUCGUGCCUCAGUAUGACGGAUAUAACGGUUACAAUCAAGUAUCAUCCACACACAAUACGAGCGGCUACGAUGGAUACGAUAAGGUCACCCGAACGACUACGACCAAGACGGUCUACAAUUCGUCGCUUUCGGUGCAGCCGGCUGCUCCCACCUUUAUGAGACAUCUGGAGCCAGAUUACAACGUUCUUGAAGGUUCUCGACUACAUAUGGAAGUUAGAGCUACAGGACAAGGCGACGAUUUGGUGUUUACUUGGCUUAAAAAUGGCCAGCCGGUGCAUUCAGAUAAUCGCGUCAGGACUUCCUUCGCUGAGGGCUAUGCGGCCAUUGAUAUUCUGACUGUUUAUCCGGAGGAUGCCGGAGUAUAUACCCUGAGAGUGGCAAAUGCUGCUGGAGAAGCGUUUACGUCGACAACGUUGCACUGUAUCCCAGCUCCUCAACCGUAUCCACAACCGCGACCAGCUCCGCAGCCUCAACCACAACCUCCUAUACAGCGCCAUGUCAGCCAGCAGGAAACUCGCACCCAGACAACAACUAAUUUUGAUCGACAAGUGUCUUCGUCCAAAACGGCAUCCAGUGCCGCUCAGGUGCAACCGACUGCGCCCGGCCAGGCACCCGUGUUCACGCAGCCGUUGCACAAUGCUACGGCUAAGCAAGGAGCACCAAUCCAUCUAGAAUCGAGACUGAUCCCAGUGGGAGACUCCACAUUAACGGUACUAUGGUAUAAGGACGGGCAGCCACUGCAGGCUGGUGCUCGUUUCAAAACCACAAACGACUGGGGUCAUGUUGCUUUGGACAUUAUUCACAGCUAUCCAGAAGAUACUGGUGUCUAUACGUGCCGAGCCAUUAAUGCCUUUGGCGAAGCGGCAGUUAACUGCAAAAUCUCUGUUGCUGGAGAAAAGUCAAUUUCUUAUGAGUCUUCGACAGCUGCUAAUCUGGAAAAUAUUCAGCAUCUGGAAGACUGGAGCAGCCGCGACAUUCGUCCGCGGGAAGUGACCACUGUAGUGUUGCCGCCCAAGCUGUUGAAGCCGCUGCGUCCGGAACAAACAAUGCCGGAAGGGAAGUCUGCUCAUUUUGAAUGUCAAAUUCAGCCUACCGAAGGCAUUCAGGUUGAAUGGUACAAGAAUGGACAACCAGUUACGGCAAGUUCUCGCAUUCGUACCGUAUGUGAUUUCGGCUUUAUCGCCCUGGACAUCAUUGGUGUCCGUCCAGACGAUGCAGGCGACUGGGUCUGCGUGAUCAAAAACAAAGCAGGACAAGUGGAAACCCGAACACGUUUGAACGUAUUGAACGAAGCGUCCAUGCUGUUAGGAACAGAUAAUCCCGAUCGACUGGUGCAGUUACAGCACUUGGAGGAAAAGCGAGUGUAUUCCCAAAAGGAGCUGUCAUCGCAUGUGGAGCGCCCACAGUUCCGGACCCCAUUACACAAUCACACUAACCUAGUCGAGGGCACUUCCGUCCAUCUGGAAACGCGUUUGACGCCCAUUAACGAACCAACUCAGAAAGUGGAAUGGUUUCACAAUGGUCGUCCACUGCUCGAUGGGUCCAGAAUAAAGACCGUGAACGAUUUUGGAUUUGUGGCGUUGGACAUUUCGAAUUUGCAUCCCGGGGAUAGCGGGUUGUACAUGGUCAAGGCGACUAAUGCGGCCGGCGAGGCAGCACAAACGUGUCAAAUUCAAGUGCUUAGCGAAAAAAGCAUUCUCACGCAGCCAAUCAAUGCCCAGAGCCUUAGCCAAAUUCAGCGCUUUGAAGAUGUUGACAGGACCUAUCACGUUGCUGACCAGGUGACCCCUUCCCACGCUCCUCGAUUCUUGAGUCAAAUCAAAAGUCAAGACAUCCCAGAGGACCAGCAUGCCCACUUUGAAUGCCGCUUGGAACCUAUUAACGACUCUAAGCUGAAGGUGGAAUGGUACAAAGAUGGACAACCACUGCAGGCCAGCCAUCGCUUCAAAACCACUCAUGAUUUUGGUUAUGUCGCUUUACAUAUCGUUGGAGCCACCGCAGAAGAUACCGGACGCUACACCGUAGUUGCUCAUAAUCAGCUGGGUCGUAUUGACCAAUCUGCUGACCUACUUGUGCGCGGCAAGAAAACAAUAUCUUUCGAAACCCAAAACCCGGAAGGUCUGCACAAAAUCCAACAACUGGAGGCAUGGCGCAGUUCCACCCAUCGCGAACCUAUUGCGCAAGAUGCUCCGUCACUUGCACCGCGUUUUGUUCAGCCACUCCGCACGCAGCGAUCGGAUUUAUCUGAAGGCCAGCAAGCACAUUUUGAGGCCCGACUGGAGAAUGUCGACUCCAACACCCGAGUGGAGUGGUUCCAUAACGGCCGACCGGUGCCUCAAGGCAGCCGCUACCGAUUCAUUAAUGACUUUGGUUACGUGGCCUUGACCAUUGGCGAUCUGCGUGCGGAUGAUGCCGGCGAGUAUGUAGUACGUGCGUACAACGAUAAAGGCGAGGACGUUACCGCAGCGCGAAUUACAGUGUUGGCUAAAAAAUCCUUACUCACGGAUACACUACAUGCGAACAGUCUGGGCAAAAUUCAGCAAUUGGAAAGCUACGAUGCCGCUCCUCUGAAGGGGCCCGAUGAACGACCCAACAUCCAGCGACCAGUUUUCACGGUGCCAUUUCGCAACCUCGAACUAACCGAAGGUGACAAGCUCCACCUGGAAAGUCGAUUGAUCCCAGUUGGAUGCAAAGUGGAAUGGUUCCAUAAUGAACGACCUAUUGAUGUCGGCUCGCGAUUCGGCGUGACGAACGAUUUCGGAUUCGUGGCACUGGACAUCGCCGAUAUUCGGCCGGAAGACGCCGGGACAUACACUUGCCGUGCCACCAACGAGCUGGGCCAGGCCGUCGCCACGUGCAGCGUGCUUGUGAGGGGCACGAAGUCAAUGUAUUUGGAAACUGCACAUCCGGAAGCCUUACAGAAAUUGCAAGCUCUUGAAUCUUAUGCUCCUGAGAAACGUGAGGAAGCCGAGACUAAGCACGGCAAACCAGUGUUUACGAUUCCUCUACAGGCAAACGUCGAAAUCGGAGAAGGGGAACCGUUGCGCCUGCACUGCCAGCUGGUUCCUGUUGGUGAUCCUACUCUUCAGAUUGCAUGGUUUUUCAAUGGGGUGCCCUUGAGGACCGGUUCGCGUUUCCUGCAUGUAAACGAGUUUGGUCAUAUUGGACUGGAUCUUUCUGCUGCGUAUCCGGAAGAUUCUGGCUUGUACACCGUUCGCGCUACGAAUGCCGCUGGAGAAGCCGUAACCAGCACCAGUGUCCGCUGCUUGAGCAAAGCCUCACUCCUUACCGGCACACUACACCCGGAAAGUCUGCCUCGUAUACAGCAACUAGAAGAACAUCCUCCGCUUAAACCAGAACAAAUGGAGCUUGAAUAUGGACCUCCUCGUUUUGUUACGACGCUGCAGAAUGUGGACAAUUCCAAGGAACACUCGAGUGCUCAUUUCGAAUGCCGACUAGAGCCGAGUCGUGAUCCAACAAUGAAAGUAGAAUGGUUUCAUAAUGGACUUCCUCUGCCGGCCGCUAAUCGAAACCGGCUAACGCAGGACUUUGGUUUUGUCGCACUGGAUAUUAAUCAGCUUACCGAAGCAGACUCCGGCGUUUAUAUGGCAAGAGCAUUCAAUAAACACGGCGAAGCGUUCACCAGUGCUCGAUUAAUCUGCCAAGGGUCUAAAGGUGUCCAGUCGGCCGCACAGACUUCCGACAUGGCUUUGCAACGCAUUGCCGUACUGGAAGAUGCUAACCGUGCAACAUUUACCAGUGAAUCCAAAAUGUUCCAACCGGAAGAGGGUGGUAUGGCACCCCGGUUCACAUCUACACCGAAGGAUUUACUGUUAAAGGAAAAUGAUAUGGCUCAUAUCCACUGUAAUGUCACUCCAACCAACGAUUCCAGUCUGGAAAUUAUGUGGUUCAGAAAUGGACAACCGCUCCAUGCCAGUUCAAGAAUAAAAACGCUAAACGAUUUUGGAUUUGUUGUACUGGAGAUCAGUGGUAUUCAGACGGAGGACUCUGGACAGUAUGUGUGCAUGGCUCGCAACAGAUAUGGCCAAGAUAGGGUAUCGUGCACCAUCCAGUGCAGCGGUCAGCAUGGUGUCCAGCUGGCGACUUUGCACCCUGAAAGUCUCCCGCGUAUCCAGCAAUUAGAGGAACUUCCGCCUCUUGCUGCCCCUGAAGCUGAACUUGAUUUCGGUCCUCCACGAUUUGUCACGACAUUGAACAAUGUGGAUGAUGCCGUCGAAGGCGCAACGGCACACUUUGAAUGCCGCUUGGAGCCCAGCCGUGAUCCAACGAUGAAAGUAGACUGGUUCCUCAACGGUCGUCCGCUGCCGGCCGCCAAUCGCAAUAGAUUGACACAAGACUUUGGGUUCGUUGCGCUGGAUAUCAACCAAGUUACUGAAGACGAUUCCGGGGUCUAUAUGGCUCGUGCUUAUAACAAACACGGCGAAGCUUUUACCAGUUCCCGACUCACAUGCAGAGGCACUAAAGGGGUGUAUUCAGCCGCGCAAACGUCGGAGAUGGCUCUUCAACGGAUCGCCCAGUUGGAAGACGCCAACCGUGCAACUUUCACCAGCGAAUCCAAAUUGUACCAACCGGAUGAGUUUGGUCAAGCCCCUCGAUUCACCACAACGCCCAAGGAUCUGUCGCUGAAGGAAGGCGACGUUGCUCAUGUUCACUGCAAUGUGACACCGACAAAUGAUUCGACAUUGGAAAUAAUGUGGUUUAAAAACGGUCAACCCUUGCAUGCUAGUUCACGGAUGAAAACCCUUAGCGAUUUUGGAUUUAUUGUUUUGGAAAUUAACGGCAUACAAACAGAAGAUUCCGGACAGUACGUCUGCAUUGCGCGGAAUAAAUUUGGAGAAGACCGGGUGACCUUUACGAUUCAGUGCAGCGGAAAGCGUGGCGUCAUGAUGGAUACUCAACAUCCCGAAAGUUUAGAGAAGAUCCGCCGACUGGAAGAGCCGGAAGGUCGUGAUGUUCCACAAGUUCCUGACAAGCCCAAAGUGCAGCCAAAAAUCCUUAAUCCCCUUCAGCCACAAGCUGUUUUGGAAGGCUCACCUGUCCAUUUCGAAACUCGCAUCACGCCGACAGAUGACGUGGACAUGGUGAUCGAAUGGUUCAUUAACGGCCGUCCACUACGAGCCGGACACCGUGUUCGCACCAUUAACGAUUUUGGCUACAUUGCUUUGGACAUUCUUUAUGUCCGCCGCGAAGAUUUUGGAAAGGUUACGUGCCGGGUGCAUAACAGCUUGGGGGUGGAUGAAGCAUCAACUACUUUGUCACCAUUAGGCACUGGACCACAGCCAGCGCCACAGUUUACCACUCCACUGCAGAAUAUUUCCAAUGUUCAAGAAGGCGAGAACAUCCAUUUGCAAGCAACACUGGAACCAGCCAAGGAUCCCAAACUGUCAGUAGAGUGGUACUGGAACGGAAAGCCGAUUAUUCAUGGCUCGCGAGUAAAAACCAUCCAUGAUUUCGGUUUCGUCGUACUGGAAAUCUCCCCGGUUUACGGAGAAGAUUCCGGAACGUACACCGCAGUAGCGCGGAACGAAGCGGGAGAGGCUGUGACCAGCUCCAGUGUCACUGUGGAAAGCAAGAAAGGUCUAAUUUUGGAUUCACAAUUGCCCAGCGACAUGCGUGACAGUUCCAUCCAAAAGAUUCAGCAGAUCGAAAGUGCAUCAAUGCACACGUAUAUCCCGGAAACGGGACCAGUCGGACCCACUCAACCGCCACGUUUCGUUUCUUCCGCGCAUGAUGUUGACGCCAAAGAGGGCGGAAUGGCGCAUUUUGAACUGCGCUUUGAGCCGGCCAAUGACAACACGGUGACCAUCGAGUGGUUCCAUAACGGUCGACCAGUGGAUGUAGGCUCUCGGUUCCGGACCAUCAAUGACUUCGGAUUCAUUAUUCUGGAAAUUAAGGACCUUCAGGCGCGAGAUGCCGGUGUGUACACCUGUGUUGCUCGCAAUCCUUUGGGCGAAGCCCGCUCCGAAGUCAAUCUACGAGUGCAAACAUUCAAGAGCGUGGUGCUGGAGUCGUCACAGCCGGCGAGUUUGCAAAAAGUGCAGGAGCUGGAACAGCAGAUGCAGAGUGCACACAUUCCGGCGUUUGUGCCGGAACAGCCGGAUGUACCACCGCGAUUUAUUAGCCAGCUGGAUCGACAGGUAGAACUGCAAGAGGGCGACAUGGCUCAUUUCGAAGCGAAAAUCGAACCGACCAACGCGUUGGUCGAGUGGUACCGCAAUGGGCGACCCAUCGUAACAGGUUCUCGAAUCCGAAGUAUCAAUGAUUUUGGAUUUGUGGUUCUGGAGAUCAACGGCGUGACCGCUGAGGACAGCGGACAAUACACAUGCCGCGCUAAAACAUCGGUCGGAGCAGCGGAAACCAGCACCGAUCUCAAGGUCCAGAGCAAGAAAUCUGUCAUUCUGGAAUCACAAAUGCCGGGAGGUGUUAACAUGGCCAAACUCCGCGAACUGGAAACUCCUAAUGCUCCACUACCGGAAGAGAAACCAGUUGUUCGAAUGCCCCCGAAAUUCAUAACGCAGUUGAAUCCUCACGUGCCAGGAGAAGAAGGCGACUGCAUUCAUAUUGAUUGUCGGGUGGAACCGAUGGAUUGUCAGAUCGAGUGGUAUUUCAACGGCCAUCCGCUAAGAUCUGGUCACCGGUUUAAGCUGAUAAACGACUUCGGCUACGUUUCGUUGGACAUUUUAUCCGUGUAUGCCGAAGACAGCGGUGAAUAUGUCGCGCGCGCCGUUAACGAACUGGGUCAGGAUAUCACGCGUUGUACUAUAACCAUUACGGCGAAAGAAAACGUAGUGACGCGCACGCAGUUGCCAGCCGGAAUGGAAAAGGGAGUGGAACGACUCGAAGAAAUUGAGCGGGAAUUAUUAACGAAGGGACCAAUACCGUACGAAGUUGCUGAUCAGUCGAAGCAGCGAUCCAAACCGGAAUUCACAGUUAAGCCGCGACCAGUAACUAUUGAAGAGGGCGAAACCGCCAAGUUUGAGUGCAAGGUUGCCGGAUACCCACGGCCAAGGGUGUCGUGGAUGCUCAACGGACAGCUAAUUAUUUCGGGCUCAUCAAGAUUCAAAAUUAGUUUCGACGGUUAUAUGAAUGUUUUGGAAAUUCCCAAAGCGCGCCAGUACGAUGGCGGAGAGAUCGCGGUCAUCGCACAAAAUCCCGAGGGAACAGCGCAGUGUGUCACCACACUGACCAUUACGACAAAGAGCGAUUACCGGUCUGUGCUGAAACAAAGCACUUCCGCUCGCAGCAAAGUCCCCGUACCUGAUGCCUUCCAGUCGCAUUUAGAGAAAUCGCAGACUGACCAGCAGCAGGGUACAUUCUACCAAGUGGAUCUGCAGUCGGUCCGUCGGCCGGGUGGAGCGCCGCCUCAGCAACCCCAGCGACAAACCUCGACGGACAUAACCAUUGAUUUCAAGCAACAGCAGCAAACCCAAUGGCAGCAGCAACAGCCUCCGAAGCCGCCGACACCCCAAACUCCAACUACACCCCAAGUCGCCCCUAAACCAUUUGGACAGUUCAAUCAGAAUGUGAAUAUCACUUCGAACCAAACUUCCCAGUUUGUUCCGCCAUCAACUCCGCCGGUUGCUCCUAAGCCUCAGCAACCGCCACCGCAAUUUACCUCACAGACCUCGACAACUCAAAACUUCCAGCAACAACAACAAAUUAACCUCCAGCAACGGCCACUGGCUCAACCGGCUCCAGUGCAACAAAAUCAGUUUGUCAGUCAGAGCACGCAGCAACAGCAGCAACAGCAGACCACGCAACAACAGCAAUUCAAUCAACAAAUCACAGUACAACAACAGCAACAACCGCCUGUUGUUCCACCAAAGCAGCCGGCGACGCCUCCGCCCAAAACAGCCGGGCCACCGUGGAUGCGUCAGGGGUCCGUCAAACAGGAAACCGAACAGCCGGCAUGGGUGAAGAAACAGCAAACGCAACAGCAAACUAGUACUGUUGCUGCCCAGUCACUGCCGCCCCGUGCAAUUCAAACCACGUCAGUUUCUAAUCAGCACCAGCAUGGCCAAAUGGUGGAAAGCAUCCAGCAGGAAGAUAUUGAUAUUACUCGAAAGAGAUACGAUGAAAGUCAACAGCGUCCACCGCAGCGCCCAAUCCCGACCGCCUCAGAAGACAAAGAAAUGUCCGCAUCCGAGAUGGAGUACACGCAGCGCUUGCAAAAAGGAAACCUAACGGAAAUCCGCUACGUGCAGCAGCGCGAGCGCUCGGAAAGCUCACGCCGGAGCGUGCAGAAGAUGGUCGCACCUGGACAAGGCCCGCCACCGGCUGAUAUGCAAGCACCAAAGUUCACCCAACGCUUGGAGCCGUGUCGCGUGUCGGAAGGCAAAUCCGGUCACUUCACUUGCAAAUUUAUCGGUAAACCGGUACCAAGAAUAGAAUGGUACAGAGAAAAUUUCCAAAUUAAUCCGUCGCAAGAUUUCCAAAUCACCACAACCAACGAUACCUCGACAUUAUUUAUGCCAGAAGUCUAUCUGGAAGACAGCGGAAACUUCACGGUGAAGGCGCUGAAUGAAGGUGGCAUGUCGCAGAGCACUGCAAAUUUGAUUGUUGAAGAAGCAUAUUCCGGUGAAUCAAGUGGUCCGACUCCUCCCAGCUUCAGUGACACCAUUCAUGACACGAAGGUUAAACUCAGCGACGUGGUUCGUUUGGAAGUUCGUGUCCACGGCUCAGCACCCAUCAGUAUCAGCUGGUUCAAGAAUGGUCAGAAGCUGCAGCCUUCACCUCGUCUGAAGCACGUCAGGGAUAAUGAUCUCCAUCAGCUACUGAUUCUGGAUGCCUUAGCGGAAGAUUCAGGGUGGUACGAUUGUGUGGCGGUUAAUGAAGGCGGUGAAGCCAGGUGUUCAGCCCAAGUGACCGUUGAAGUUGUAGCAGGAGCGGCACCGCCACGGCCGCAACCACAGCAGCAGCAGCAAGUUUUUAACCCCGUUCCCACGCCUCCAAAGCCGACAUCAGCCAAUCCAGCGGCUCCUCAAGUGGUACAAUCACCGGAAAAUGUCACCGUCUACGAAGGCGAAUCCGCAACUUUCCGUGCCAGUAUUGUUGGAACACCUCAGCCGGAAGUGAGAUGGUUUAAAGGUCACAACGUGAUAAAGAACUCCAAGUACUUCCGCACUUUUGUAUCCGGCAAUGUCUGCACACUUGUGAUAACCGAGGCCUUCCAUGAAGAUGAAGGCGAAUAUCGAUGUGUGGCCCGAAGUCCAGCCGGUGAAACCACAUGCUCUGCGUUCCUUAAAGUACUCGGCGAUGCAUCGAGCAGAUUUACCACCGUAACAUACCAAAGUGCAACCGCAAGUUCCCAGCUAACCAGCACGAUGACCAUGCAACUUCGUGGUACUAACAGUUAGAGUGAGUUAAUUGUUACCUAAUACAAAAUUUUGAAUUAUGGCGUGAGCCUUCUCAAGCUGUUUCGAGUGUAACUGGGAUAAUUAAUUGUGGACAUUGACUGAUGUGAAACUAAUGUACUGCUUCCUUUUUUACUGGGUAGCUGCUCUAGUAAGUGCCUAAUAAUGGUCUUGCUCACAUUACAUUGUGAAUCGCCAGACACUGCUUGUUGUAUUGAUGACUGCCGCAUUAGUGACAACAGUAUGUUUGAAAUUUGGUAACUAAAUAGCUAGCAAAUGUUGAUGGUAUAUUACAGUGAAUAAAGUCUUUGUACCGAACCGU